UUUGACAAAUUUCGUGUCACGUGAUGCAUUGACAUUUGAAGCGUUUACACGACACUGGAAGAAAAGUGAAAGCUGGACACUUUAAACUGAAACCUGAAUAAUUUUACACCUUAUUUCUCUGUCGGACGUUUCUGUCGGAUUUUAGCUGGUAGCAUAACAGCAGCUGUAGAGUCACAUUCCGGUUCAUGCAGGAAAUGAGCGUCCGCCUCCAGUGACGCUUGCCCGGCGAUCCCGGAAGUGUCUCGUCCUGUUUACAUUCUGCUCUUUGUUCGCUGCAAAAUGUCGAAAAAGCGGUCCGAGAGCCGCAGGCUGAAGGCCACCAUCGAGCAGCGGAUGGCGGCGGCCGCUCAGGAGAUCUUCCGGCUGCUGCAUGAACGCAGCCGAGCCGAGCUGCCGGAGCUACGGGAGCUGCUGGUGGAGCGGCUGUCGGCGGCCAUCGAGCUCAUCCUCAACGCGUUCGAAGCGAGCAGAGCGGCCGAGAGAGGCGCGGAAGAUCCCGGUGGGGAGCGCAAAGAGUUGUGUUUGUCAGUUGGCGUCACGAGUCUCUCUGACAAGAAACGUCUGAAGCCAAGCAACUCGAUAGACAACCAACUGAAGGAGACUCUGCCUGGCACAUCCUCCAGACCACAGACCAUCUCUGAACUGGAUCGCCAGCUGGCCUCUCCAGAUGAUCCAACAGGAGACGAAGAACAAUGUGAGAACGACAAGCAGUUGGUGUCUCACCUUUGCAGAGUGUGUGGGAAGUCCUUUGACAGGAAAGGCUUUCUGAUGAAGCACGUGGAGAAGCACUUGAAAGAGGCCGACUGUCUGUGUGGUCUGUGUGGUGAGCGUUUUGAGUCCAGUGAUGGCCUAAUGCUGCAUCUCCAGAUGCACCGUGACAGCACCAAGACAUGCGAUGUCUGCGGCAAGAAGUUUCCCUCAAUCCGAGCUCAGGAGAUGCACAUGAGGAUGCACACUGGAGAGAAACCUUUUAGCUGCGUUGUCUGCGGGAAAGGCUUCAAUCAGAAGGGCAACAUGGUAACCCACAUGAGAAUCCACACGGCAGAGAAGCCAUUCACCUGCAACAUCUGCCACAAAGAGUUCAGUCAAGGCAGCUCGCUUGAACGACACAUGAAAGCUCACGACGGACAGACACCGCUCAGCUGCAGCUUUUGCGGAAAAGAAUUUGCAAAGAGUGCUGAGCUGAGGCGACAUAUCCGGUGCCAUGGAUCAGAUGAGCAAACGACCAUCAGUAGCCGGCACAGAAAACCCAGCCUAACCCCUUCUCACUGCUGCAAGGUCUGCAGCAAUGCGUUUCACAACAAAGGAAACUUUGUGAGGCAUGCAGAGACGCAUCUAAACCACCCUGAUUGUCUCUGUGGCAUCUGUGGAGAGCGUGCAGAGUCCUCUGAGAGUUUGCAGCUGCACAUCCAGAGUCACAGAGAAACAAGCCGGAUCUGCGACAUUUGUGGCAUAAGCUUCAGAGACAUGGAGAUCCACAUGAGGACACACACGGGCCAGAAACCAUUCAGGUGCAAAGACUGUGGGAAGGACUUCCCCAGAAAGGGUUCGCUGGAGAGGCACAUGAAGCUGCAUGCUGGUGAGCGGCCGUUCAUCUGCGAGUUCUGUGGGAAGACUUUCAUAGAAAACACAGUCCUAAAGAGGCACAUCAAGAGCCACAUGGGAGGGAAACCACGAAUAUACUCCUGUGAGGUCUGCGGCAAGAAGUUCACCAUGAGCCAACACCUGGAUGUUCACAAGAGGAUCCACACUGGGGAGAAGCCAUACACCUGUAGGGUGUGCGGGAAGAACUUCAGGCAAAUCGGAAACCUGGACUCUCACAUGAGGAUCCACACGGGUGAGAAGCCAUUUAUCUGUAGCCUCUGUGGGAAGAGGUUUCGCCAGAAAAUCUCACUGGAGACACACGAGAGGUUCCACAAGAAGGAGAAACCCCACAGCUGCCAGCUCUGCAAUAAGGGCUUCGUACAGAAGAUCGACCUGAAGAGACACAUGCUAACUCACACAGGGGAAAAACCCUACAGCUGCCAGGAGUGUGGGAAGAGGUACCAGGAGAAACGCUCAGUGGAGUCACACAUGAAGGUCCACAGGGGAGAGCAGCCUGUCAAAGACUGUCAAAGACAGGAAGUUCAGCCUGACUUCAUCCAGCUUUUCAUACAAGGAUGCAUUAGCAUCAUAAUGAGCUUGAAAGAGUCAUAUCAGCCCAUGGAUGUACCCCCUGAAGCCCCACCUUGGGGAGAGUGGAGUGGGAAUCUGACAGGUGGAUUGGAGAAAGGUCUGCAGGGAUGUGGUCAAGGAGACGCCGGCGCACGCUCACAACUCUCCUCUGACUCCGACAGCCUCCGCUUCAGCAGGGGCGCUGUUCGCUCUCUCCGCACCGCGCUCCUCGACUCGGAACUCGCAGCGUGUUUACCUUUCCACUGGCUCUCUUUGUCCCGGAGGCUCCCGGUGGGGAGAAGCCGCAGAAUGUGCGCCGUGCAGCUGCUGCGGGUGUCGGUCCACGAGCGGAUCAGCGCCGCCGCCGAAGACUUCCUGCUGCGGCUGGAGAAGGGAGAAGAAGCAGCCGAGCUCCCGGCGCUGAGAGCGCUGCUGACCGAGCGGCUGACGGCGGCCGCGGAGGAGAUCGUCGCUCUGCUGGAGGAGACCGUGGCGGAGUACCAGGACAGAGUGGAGCGCUCAGAGCGGGAGAUCUGCCGCCAGAGGAGGCUGCUCGAUGCCGUGCUCAAGCCCGAAGUCCGGCUGCAAGCGGCAGUGUUUCCUUCAGAUGUUCAGCAGCCGUUGGGGAGCAAAGAUGAAGUUUCCCGUGAACACCAGGAGAAGAGCUCCAGCCUGGACCCGGGGGAAGACCCAGUGCCCCCACAGAUUAAAGAGGAAGAGGAAGAAGCCUGGGCCAGUCAGACAGGAGAACAGCUUCAGGACCUGCAGGUAGCUGAAAUCACCACGUUCACAUUCAGCCCUGUGCACGUGAAGAGUGAAGAUGAUGAGGAGAAGCCUGAGUCCUCACAACUUCAUCACUGCUGGACUGAGGAGAGCAGAGGCUCGGAGGGAGGACCAGAAGCAGACAGGAACUCAGAUCCAGAUCCACUGUUACAGCCUGUUAGUGAAGACAACUCUCUGGACUCGACUGAAACUGAUGACAGUGACUGUGACUGGACACAAACAAAGGAAGCCCAGUCAGGUAGAGAUGUUAAAAAUCCUGACAUUGAUGUUGGCACUGUAGUCAAGGAGAGACCAUUUCCCUGCUCAUAUUGUGGGAAAAGAUUUAGCCUUAAGGGAAAUUUGAACAGACACAUAAGAGACCACACAGGAGAGAGACCAUUUCCCUGCACAGACUGUGAUAAGUCAUUUAAAGACAGUGGCUCCUUAACGGCACACAUGCGAUGUCACACUGGGGAGCAACCAUACAGCUGCUUGUUUUGUGGGAAAAAUUUCAGUGGGAGGGGAAACAUGACCAGACACAUGAGGAUCCACACAGGAGAGAAACCGUUCACCUGCUCAGUGUGCAAUAAAAGUUUUCAUGUUAAAGAACAUCUCAACAGACACAUGAAGUACCACACAGGGGAGAAACCUUUCAGCUGCUCUGUCUGUGGGAAAGGCUGUGCUCAGAAAACAGACCUAAAGAAGCACAUGAGAGUUCACACAGGAGAGAAACCUUUCAGCUGUCCUUUCUGUGGAAAGUGCUGCGCAGAAAAAGGAGACCUAACCAAACACAUGAGAGUCCACACAGGAGAGAAACCAUUCAGCUGUAAUAUUUGUGGGAAAAGCUGUGCCCAAAAGGGGAGCCUGAAGAUCCACAUGAGGAUUCACACAGGAGAAAAACCAUUCAGCUGCUCUGUUUGUGAGAAACGUUUCACUGUUACGGGACAUCUAAAGAGACACAUGAAGCUGCACACAGCAGAGAGUCAUCCGCCUGGGUCUGCAGAGUCACAUUCAGGCAAAAGUAGAAAAUGAUGAGUCAGCAAACACAUUGUGACGCACAAUGGCCUUCUCAGACUGAUCAGCUGUUGCUGGAGAUGGAACUGAUAAAACAUACAAUCAUUUACAAUGAAGAGGAUACAAUGAGCGAGAAUGUUUCUUUGUUCUACAACCAAAUCAAAACAGGCUUAUAAAAAGUGGCGAGUUUUGAUAGGAGCGUAACAGUUUGUCUUUUUACCAGGAGCUGUGAAUGCAUCUCCUACAAAGCUUGAUGUCCUAUUUAUUAAAAAGUGCAGGUGGAAAUAUGUUUCGCAUGAAUCUGACAGGUGUGAACAAAAAAGUACAUCCUCAUAUCCACUUUUUUCCAGAUGCAGUGUUCCUUUUAAUAAACCACCAGGAAGGACAUUUAUGUGGAUCAUAUAAAUGUAUUCACUGGCAAACUCUCACAUUCAGCUUUAAAUGUUCAAGAAAAAGGUCUGCAUGCACAAGUGUUACUGCAGGACUUGUAGUGUGUGCAACAAUCAGAUUUAUUAUUGUCGGGUCAAAGCGCCUUUGGUUGACUGUUGUUGUGAACUUGCGAUUAUUUAAUUAAAAUUAAA